AUGGAAAACUACACCAUUCCCCUAGAAAAGGCUGUCGACCUGACGCCUGUGUCUUCGCAACUGGACACCUUCACCAACGCUCAAGCACUGUGGAGCUUUGUGGGCGGAUAUGGAGUCUACGGCGGAUCGACUGUCGCCCACUGUCUUGUGGCCGCCCAAAAGACCAUCCCCAGUGAUUAUGUUGCCCAUUCCCUCUACUGUAGCUUCGUGCCCCCCGCCAAUCCAAAGCAACGGAUUGAGUAUCGUGUUGAACGAACACGCGAUGGGAAAAGCUUCCUCACGAGGACCGUCCACGCCACCCAGAAGGCCAAGGUGAUCUCAGCAGCAAUCGUCAACUUUGUACGGGCGGGAACAUACAGUAAGAGCAGCGACACUGACAGGGCAGGAAGGCUCGAACACGGGCCAAAAAGGCCCGAGGGGUUGACAGUACCCGAUGAAGCCGAGAUGGAUGGGAAGGGGAUCGAUGGGCCAUUUGAGAUGCGCUGGGGGGAAGUUCUGAACCAAAGGUCCGACGACCUGGUCCACACUCGGAUCCGAUACUGGAUGCGAGCUAAGGAACCCAUGCAACAGACGGAUCCUCAGGUCCAACUUGCGGCGCUGUCAUACAUGUCCGACGCCUAUUUCAUUGGUGCUGCAGUACAGGUAUAUGAUGUGCCCGGUCAGACGUUCGGGACCAAAAUGGCCAUGGCAGCUAGUUUGAAUCAUGCAAUUUACUUCCACCACCCUGACGCGGUGCGGGCGGAUGAGUGGAUGUGCUCCGAGCGAGAGAGCCCGUGGGCCGGCAACGAUCGCGCGCUGGUGAUUCAGCGGAUUUGGUCCCUUGAAGGUCUCUUGGUGGCCUCGUGUGUUCAAGAGGGAGUUCUUCGUGUUCAGGCGCCCUUCGAAAAGGUAAAACUGUGA